GACGUCAGUUGUGAGGAGAAGAAUCUGAGAAGUGUAAAGCUACACAAACAGUCCGAAGCAAAGAGCAUAGAAGGGCGAGAAAUCCAGUGGUGACUGUAGAUGUGGAUGUUGUGUAUGUACCAGGAAUGCUUCAAGAUUUUACACAAUUGAUCUCUAGGAUGAAUAUGGAAAGGAUCCCCGAAACUCUCAGACCGCAGGCUGCACUUGACAUGGCUUCUACCUUCCAUCUACAAAGGUCCAGUGAGCAUCGAGAGCAUAUCGAAAACUCAGCAAGCGAGUCUUCGGACGCAGAUGUCACAGAAAAGGACCGAAGUACAGAACCGAAAAGUGAUGAUGGCGCGUUGGAUGAUCCCUCCAAGAAGAAGAAGCAACGGAGACAGAGGACUCAUUUUACUAGCCAGCAACUGCAGGAACUGGAAGCUACCUUUCAGAGAAACCGCUACCCUGAUAUGAGCAUGAGAGAAGAAAUCGCUGUUUGGACCAACUUGACGGAAGCCAGAGUACGGGUGUGGUUUAAGAACCGAAGAGCUAAAUGGAGAAAGAGGGAGCGUAACCAACAGAUGGACCUGUGCAAAAAUGGCUAUGUUCCGCAGUUCAAUGGCCUAAUGCAACCAUAUGAUGAUAUGUACACCGGUUAUCAUUAUAACAACUGGGCAGCUAAAAGCCUAACACCAGCUCCACUGUCUACUAAAAGUUUUACUUUUUUCAACUCAAUGAGUCCACUGUCUUCACAAACCAUGUUCUCUGCACCCAGCAGCAUUUCAUCAAUGGGUAUGUCAUCUACCAUGGGACAUUCAGCAGUGCCAGGCAUGCCAGCCUCCAGUUUAAAUAAUAUCAAUAACAUAAAUAACAUUGGUGGCUCAUCCCUCAAUUCUGCCAUGUCUUCAGCAGCUUGCCCCUAUGGACCUCCGGCUUCUCCUUAUAGUGUCUAUAGGGACACUUGUAAUUCAAGCUUGGCUAGUCUAAGACUUAAAUCAAAACAGCACUCCACAUUUGGCUAUAGCAGUUUACAAAGCCCCGGAUCUAGCCUAAAUGCCUGCCAGUACAACAGUUGACAGAUUAAAUAUAUGGCAUCAUUGACUGAUACCUAAUGGACUACAUAUGUGUUGAAAACCACAACAAAAUCAAAACCAUGGAUUAGCUGCAAUUUUAUUCAAUCUUUUUGUGGAUUAUGCGGGUUUUGUGUGUUUACUUGAACUUGCACAUAAAUUUCUAUCCUCCACUUUUUAGGGAACCCAGUGGAAGGAAUGAUUGAGGUAAUGGAUAUGGGACACGGGCAUCAGAUGAAAUAAAAAAGUUUAUGGCUGAAGAAUAAUGUACAUAUACAUUUUAAAGGAGCAUAUCAUUUACUAUUGGAUACAAGACUCAGUAUAUGUGUGUAUAUGCAUGU